GUCGCUAAAUUGUCUAAGCGAAUAAGAUUUUUAUUCAAAAACCAAAUAUAUGCAGGCCAAUCCAAUAAAAACGAAUAAGAAAUUAAGCAUAAAUAAUUCAAUCAUAACCUAUAAAUCAAAUAUUUUUCUGAUUAUAAAUUUUAAUAAGGAUUCAACGAUGUUCGUCAUUAAUCAACUAGCUGUUUUGACUGCUUUAUUAUCUUAUGUUUUAGGUAGCAAUUUAGAACACGAUGGAUCAGUAACAAUACGUCUCCAACAAGCCCUAGUCUUUGAACAGUUUCCCGUUUGGUCAGAAAGAGGAAAUAUUACUAUACAAAGUUUAAGAUUGGGACAGGCUACUGUUGACCAAAAACCACUAUCCCUUGAAGAACAAAAACUACUCAGAGAUUUAGCUGCUAGAAAUAGUUACUAUCAAAUUAAGUCUAUAGUGACUUCUAAUGAUGGUUCUGAAAGAACUUUUGUAUCAUCUGUAAAAGCAUGUAUGUUAGCAGAGUCUGAGUUAGAUGACAGAUUAUCUGUAUCAAUAGACUACAUGGGAAGGGUUAUAGGUGUGACUUUAGUAGUAGCUUCAAAUUCAGCUUGCGAAGGAAUUAUAGUACCAUUGGAAAAGUUGAAAUUUUUCAAUACUGUGGUAUAUGUAAGGCAUUCUGAAACAGGACCAAUACCUGAUACAGCAUCAUUUAUUCAAAAAAUAGAGAGAGAAAAGGAAGCCAAAGAAAAAGGUGAAACCAAAGAUAAUAGAUCAUUUUUAGCAAAAUAUUGGAUGUAUAUCAUUCCACUCUUGAUAUUUAUGGCAAUAUCAUCAGCAUCAAAUCCAGAAGCUCCACAGGGUCAAUAAAUUUAGUUUAUUGUACUUUUAUUAAAUUA